UUUGUGAAGGUUACAGAUAGUAAAUAAAAUGAUUAUUGUUAUACUAAUUGUGCUUUGUCUAAAAUUAAUUGGCCAAAUUGAAUCGGUUCAAGAAAUACGAGUAGGUGCGUUAUUUCCUAAGCAUUCUGGAAGCCAUAUAAGUUAUCCCGAACUAGCUUUUCAAUAUGCAGUACAUAAGUUAAAUCAAGAUAAAAGCCUUCUUACGGAUGCAAGCCUUGUGCCCUAUAUUCAGUAUAUUGACAAGGACUCAUUCAAAGCUGUUAGAAAAGUUUGCAGUCUCGUUGAAGGCGGCGUUCAGGCUAUAUUUAGCCCAACUGAUUCUCAUUUGGCCACCCACAUUAAUUCAAUAUGCGAUGACCUCGAUAUCCCAGAUAUAGGUGUAGGUCGUUCAAAUCAAGAUUUUUCAGUCAAUAUACACCCUUCACAAGAAUAUGUGAAUCGCGCCUUCUUAGAUGUUAUUCACUACUUGAAUUGGACUAGAUUUGGAAUUUUAUAUGAAAAGGAUUAUGGCAUUAUUAAAUUAAACAAAAUUUCACGUUCGGCACAAGGAGAACUGCAUAUACGACAGGUAAUCGGGUCAUCAUAUUUCAACGUACUCAAUGAGUUCAAAUCCAAAGAAAUUCAUAAUAUUAUAAUUGACAUAAACUCAGGCGGGAUAUCAAGAUUAUUAAAAAAUAUUCUUCAGCAACAAAUGAAUGAGUACAAGUACCACUAUUUGUUUACAAGCUUUGAUUUGGAAAUAUUUGAUUUAGAAGACUUUAAAUACAAUUUUGUUAAUAUAACUUCGUUUCGGCUGCUUGAUAUGGGUGACGUAGCCGUUAAGGAAAUUUUAAAGGAUAUUGAAUCAUUUAAUCGUUACGUAUUACAAAAAAAUAAACUGCCCUAUAGUUCAAAGAAAGCCUUAACCAUUGAGACACAGGCAGCAUUAAUGUUUGACUCAGUUUAUAUAUUUGCAACCGGUCUGCAAUCAAUAUAUCCGUUCAUUCAGCUAACGAACUUGACAUGCGACGAAGAUAUGCCAUGGAAAGGAGGUUUAAGCCUAAUCAAUUAUAUAAAUGCGGUAGAGUGGAAAGGGUUAACAGGGCCUAUCCAAUUCAAAGAAGGACAAAGGGUGCAAUUUAAACUUGAUUUAAUUAAACUAAAGCAACAUUCCAUUGUCAAAGUGGGAGAAUGGACUCCCCAUGAUCGUCUGAAUAUUACCGAUCCAUCAAUAUUUUUUGAUUCUGGAAGUAUGAAUGUUACCUUAGUAGUUAUAACGAUAUUGGAGACACCAUAUGUAAUGAUGCACUACGAAAAAAAUUAUACCGGAAACGAACGUUUUUAUGGUUUCUGUGUUGAUAUAUUAGAGACAAUAUCGCAUGAGGUUGGUUUUGAUUAUAUAUUAGACUUGGUACCAGACCGAAAAUAUGGAGCCAAAGAUCCAGAAACUGGACAGUGGAACGGCAUGGUUGCUCAACUUAUGAAAUACAAGGCAGAUUUAGCCGUUGGGUCUAUGACAAUUACAUAUGCGAGAGAAAGUGUAAUUGAUUUCACCAAACCAUUUAUGAAUUUGGGCAUAAGUAUUUUGUUUAAGGUCCCUACUUCAGAGCCAACUAGAUUAUUCUCAUUUAUGAAUCCACUUGCUAUUGAAAUAUGGAUAUAUGUUUUGGCUGCUUAUUUCCUAGUGUCCUUAAGCAUAUAUAUGGUAGCAAAAUUAUCUCCGAAUGAGUGGCGUUCUAUACAUCCAUGCAAUAUAGAUUACAUCACAAUACGUAAUCAGUUUUCAAUCUCUGACAGCUUUUGGUUUACUAUUGGAACACUAAUGCAACAAGGAUCAAAUACUUAUCCCAAAGCUUUUUCUACACGCAUUAUUAGUAGUAUCUGGGGAUUUUUUUCAUUGAUCAUUGUAGCUUCAUAUACAGCCAAUUUAGCUGCAUUUUUAACGGUUGAACGUAUGAUUAAUCCAAUUGAAAAUGCGGAAGAUUUGGCAAGCCAAACAGAAAUAUCAUACGGUACACUGGAUAGUGGAUCGACAAUGACAUUUUUUCGAGAUUCGAUGAUUGAAACCUACAAGAAAAUGUGGAGAAGCAUGGAUAAUAAAAAACCUUUGGCAUUCACAUCAACCUAUGAGGAUGGUAUACGACGGGUUAAUCAAGGAAACUAUGCUUUCCUUAUGGAAUCUACAAUGCUCGAUUAUAUUGUGCAGAGGGAUUGCAAUUUAACACAAAUCGGGGGCUUAUUGGAUACAAAGGCGGCCCCAAAAAAAUUUCUUCUUAGCGACCUUUUUUUUCUAGGAUAUGGCAUUGCGACUCCUAAAGGUUCUCCGUGGCGAGAUAAAAUAUCUUUGGCUAUAUUAGAACUUCAAGAGAAAGGAGAUAUUCAAAUACUAUAUGACAAAUGGUGGAAGAACAUUGAUGAGACCUGUACACGAAGAAGCAGUAAAAAACUCUCUAAGGCAAAUGCAUUAGGGCUUGAAAACAUAGGUGGGAUAUUUGUUGUUCUUAUUGCUGGUAUUCUAGUCGCCUUUGUUGUGGCGUUCUUUGAAUUUUGGAUUCAUUUCCGGCAGCAAGCAAAGUUAGUGCAUUUCAAUAAAGCUCAUCAUGAACAUCAGCAGCCAGAGUUUGAUCCUAAUUUUGAGGACAAAAUUGGCGGUCAUUGCUCUUAUAAGUCACCGCCUCGUUCCCUUAGAUCUGAGAUGAUUGAAGAGAUGCGCUUCGCACUGUGCUGCACCAACGGUCGCCAGAGACCUGAGUUACAAAGUUGUGAUAGCUGCAGCUUAAACGAACAGGUGAAAAUGUAAUGCUCUGUGCACUUCAAUUUAGCUAAAUGAAGAAGUUUGUUCUGUAAGCUAUUAGGCAUGAAAAUACAUUUCCCACUUCAAAAAACUAGAAUAUAAUAAUAAAAACCCAUAUUAAAUAAUUCAU